GUGAAGACCUGGUUCCAGAACCAGAGAAUGAAAUCUAAGAGGUGGCAGAAAAACAACUGGCCGAGAAAUACCAGUGAUGCGACUCAGAAGGCCUCAGCACCCACCUACCCCAGCCUCUACUCUUCCUACCACCAGGGAUGCCUGGUGAACACAACUGGGAACUUUCCGGUAUGGAACAACCAGACCUGGAGCAAUUCAACCUGGAGCAACCAGACCCGGAACAUCCAGUCCUGGACCAACCACUCCUGGAACACUCAGACCUGGUGCACGCAGUCCUGGAACACUCAGGCCUGGAGCAGUCCCUUCUAUAACUGUGGGGAGGACCCUCUGCCGUCCUGCAUGCAGUUCCAGCCAAAUUCUCCCUCCAGUGACUUGGAGGCUGCCUUGGAAACUUCUGGGGAAAGCCAUAAUGUAAUACAGCAGACCACUAGGUAUUUGAGUACUCCACAAACCAUGGAUUUAUUCCUAAACUACUCCACGAACAUGCCACCUGAAGAUGGGUGGAGAUGAAUGGAACUGACAUGACUCAGUUUCACUCUGAGCACUGGCUGAAUCCUUCCUCUCCCCACCUCCCCUCCCUCAUAGGAUUUUUCUUGUUUGGAAACCACGUGUUCUGUUUACAUUAUGCCUACCCAGCCAAUCUGAAUGGAGGGUGGGGUAUGGUUGGAGCCUAAUCAGAGAGGUUUCUUGGUUUUUUCCUGUUGGAUCUUCCUGGAGAAAAGAUGUUUUAAUAACCUUGGCUGUUCAGGACACCGUGAUAGACGCUGUCUCUGGCUAGAGAUAAGUAGAUCUAAUACUAGUUGGGAU